UUCGCAUUGCUCUAAUGAGAAGCAAUGGAAAACAUUAUUUCCUUUCCAUCAAAUACUAUGGCGGCUGUUUCCCUUACUGUUGCCUUGUUGAUUACUUCAUUUCUUUGGCUUUCACGAAACAUGUUCCUUAAGAAAAGAAAAGCAGCUCCAGAAGCUGGUGGUGCGUGGCCGCUACUCGGCCAUCUUCAUCUCCUAGGAGGUCCGCAACCACCGCACGUGGUGCUAGCAAACAUGGCUGAUAAAUACGGUCCGAUCUUUAGCAUAAAGAUGGGCGUACAUAAAACCCUAGUUAUAAGCAAUCGGGAAACUGCAAAAGAAUGUUUCACCACCAAUGAUAGAGCCUUCGCGGAUCGUCCAAAAAUUCUUGCUAUGGAGGUUUUGGCUUACGAUCGUGCCAUGAUAGGGUUCAGCCCGUACGGAAAUUACUGGCGUCAAACGCGCAAGAUUGCCAUACUUGAGCUCCUGUCUAACCACCGAAUAGAAAUGACGAAAGAUGUACGAGAAUCCGAGAUGAGAACUGCUUUGAAAGAGCUGUACAAAGCAUGGGACAAGGAUAAACGCUCGAAUAAUGAUAAGGUUUUGGUGGAGAUGAGAAGAUGGUUUGGUGAUAUAACGUUAAACGUAAUUCUUAACAUUAUUGUCGGGAAAUCUGUCGGGUAUGUGACUACGAAUGAACAGAGCGACGAAGAAUGGAAACAAGCGUUGAGGGAUUUUUUUCAUUUGUCCGGAAGGUUUGUGGCAGCUGAUGCCUUGCCGUUUUUGAGGUGGUUCGAUAUUGGCGGGUAUGAAAAGGCUAUGAAGGAUACUGCAAACAAACUAGAUAUUAUUGCUGAAGAGUGGCUCAAGGAGCAUAAAGAAAAAAAAGCUUGCGGUCCAAGAAAAGAGGAUUUCAUGGAUCUGAUGCUUGAUCUUAUCGAUGAGGAAGCAGAAGCAAAUCUCGGUCGCGAUUCUGAUACGAUUAACAAAGCAACGUGCCUGGCUCUUAUUUUGGCAGCAGCAGACACAUCAUCUGUUACUUUGAUGUGGGGCUUAUCGUUAUUAGUUAAUAAUCCUCAUGUCAUGAGAAAAGCUCAAGAUGAGCUUGAUAUUCAUAUCGGCAGAGACAGGCAAGUACGUGAAUCCGAUAUUAACAAUUUGGUUUAUCUCAAAGCAAUAGUUAAAGAAACUCUGCGUUUAUAUCCGGCUGCACCGCUUUCACUGCCACAUGAAUCCAUGGAAGACUGCACCAUAGCUGGUUACGAUGUUCCAAAAGGCACAAGACUGUUUACUAAUCUUUGGAAGAUUCACCGCGAUCCAAAAAUGUGGCCGAGUCCUUUAGAAUAUCGGCCAGAAAGAUUUCUUACAAGUCAUAAAGAUUUUGACGUGAGAGGACAAAACUUUGAGUUUUUACCAUUUGGUAGUGGUAGAAGAAUGUGUCCCGGAAUAUCUUUUGCACUUCAGAUCUUGCAAUUGACAUUAGCUACGUUGCUUCAUGGUCUUGAUUUUUCGUCGCCGACGGGUGAGCCGAUUGAUAUGACGGCAAGUCUUGGAAUGACUAAUAUUAGAGCGACCCCACUUGAAAUCCUCAUCAAUCCACGCCAUGGAUCUCAUCUCUAUCAGUAAAUUAAAUGUGAUUUACUUGUUAGCUUUGAUUUGCAGCACAUCUCAAGAAAAAAAAAAUUGUAUUGGUUAUUUAAUUUUGAUAGUUUCAUAUCAAAAUCAUACACCUCAGUGAUGAUCAAUACACUUAUUAUAAAAAUAAGUGUUGACAUGUUAAAUUUGGUUCGUUAGUAACAA